AUGUCACCUUCUGAAAUCUCACCACCACCGGACGGUGGAUAUGGUUGGGUAUGUGUGGCUUCAUGCUUUUCCAUCAACUGCUUCACUUGGGGCGCGGUCGCGUCAUACGGCGUGUACCUUUCUCAUUACCUUUCGGAUACCAAUUUCCCAGAGGCAAAACCUAUUGAUUUUGCUCUGAUUGGUGGGUUCAACUUCUCUAUGGCGAUGUUGUCGGCCCCCGUCGUUACAAUCAUCGCACGAAAGUACAGCACCAAGUUACCCAUGCUGCUUGGAUUGGGUUUUCUGGCAACAGGAUAUAUCACUGCAUCCUUUGCAACAAGGAUCUGGCAGCUUUAUCUAUCACAGGGGGUUUUAGUCGGCUUCGGGGUUGGUUUUGUCUACAUCCCAAGUAUUGCCAUAAUUUCCCAGUGGUUUGAUAAGAAAAGGAGCCUUGCCAAUGGCAUCAGUGCGGCCGGAUCGGGAAUUGGCGGUUUGAUGUUUUCGCUCGUGGAUGGUACAGUGAUGCAAAAUAUAUCUUAUGCUUGGGCUCUACGAUUGACAGCCAUUCUAAGCUGUUCUAUCCUAUUGAUUGCCACCUUAUUGAUUCGAGACCGCAACAACGCUAUACAACCGUCGGGACGUGGAUUUGACAUUAAACUUCUGCGCCGUACAGACGUACUUCUUUUGCUAUUGUGGGCAUUCAUUAGCAUGUUUGGCUAUAUUGCUCUGCUAUUUUCUCUUCCAGAUUAUGCGCACUCUAUGGGACUUUCGGAUACUCAGGCUACGACUGUCAACGCAAUAUUGAAUUUGGGAACCGCGGUUGGCAGGCCACUAAUCGGCAUUAUAAGCGAUCGGUUCGGCCGUAUUGAAGUUGCUGGCCUUUUGACUUGUGCUUGCGGCAUUAGUUGUUUUGCCAUCUGGCUUCCCGCAACAUCAUAUGGAGUCCUCGUCCUUUUUGCUUUCGUUAGUGGGGCUAUAUUUGGAUCAUUCUGGGUUACCAUUGGGCCUUUAUGUGUUGAGAUUGCUGGCCUAGAGCAGCUUCAAUCGACCCUAUCUUUAUCUUGGACCUUUAUUGUGCUUCCGACAACAUUUGGUGAAGUGAUAGCUCUCAACUUGCGUCGUUCCGGAUCCCAAAAACCAUAUCUAUAUGUCCAAGCUUUCUGUGGUAUCUGA